AUGUGCACGGUGAGCAGUGCGAACAGUGGGACUACCUGUACCAUAUGCAUGGGUGAGAUUGUGGAAAGAACAACACUGGACAAGUGUGGACACUCCUUCUGUCGGACCUGCCUAGAUCAGGCAUUCCAGGUGAAGCAAGUGUGUCCAGUGUGCCGCAUGGUGUAUGGCCAGUUAAUUGGGAACUAGCCUGCCAAUGGCAGCAUGAUGGUGGAGCGCGACCCAGACCUGUCGGGACAUGAGGGCUACGGCUGUGUUUGUAUAAUCUACAUCUGCAAGUCAAGAGCACCCAAACCCAGGGUGAGGUAUCCAGGAACAGACAGUGUGACCUACCUCCCGGACAGCUCAGAAGGAAACAGUUUUAUAGGUCUGCUGCGUCGGGUCUUUGAACAGCGACUCAUCUUUACCAUUGGUACCUCCAUGACCACAGUCAUGCAGAAUGUCAUCACCUGGAAUGAUAUCCACCACAAAACCUCCAUCUGGGGAGGGCCAUGAUGUUUCGGCUAUCCAGAUUCAACACAUCUAGUUCGGGUCAAAGAGGAGCUUCGAGACAAAGGUAUCAUGGCUGACUGA